AUGUCCAGCGGCGAGUUUCACGAAUACUCCGGCGAUGAGUUCGGCGCCUCCGGCCUCUUCGACUUGUCAAACAGCCCAGAUACACUGCAGAGCUUGGAAGCCAUUGGCACCACCGACCAGAAAUCCUUUUUGAACCCCCAAGAGCUCACCACCACUGGCCCUUUCCCUGACUCACCCGACGGUUCAUACCACGAUUCGUCUUCUGACUCAGCCUCAUCGUCCAAGAGAACACGCAGCUCGCACUCGUCCGAGACCCCAGCCACAACUCGUGACACCACCACUGACAACAGCGCCUCCAUAAAGAUGGAUUGGGAAGACGCUGGCUUCACUGGCUUCCACGAAGAUGACGGCACCUUUCCGUUCGGUCGCGAGGCUGAUGCGUCCGCCAUGGAACGGCUGUAUGGCUUCGGCGAGCAAGACGAUAGCUUUAUGGACCGUUCCUUCGACUUUGAAAGCGCAUCCGCAAGUCCUGAUGCUCAACCCCCAGCCCAAACCAACACGACGUUGCCUGCCAAGCCAAGUCUUGAGGCAGAUAAGUCGCAGAAGAAGACCACCCAGGCCAAAAAGUCUGGUCAAGGCAAGAAGCCCAGCCAAGCCAAGAAGACUAAACCGAAGCCAACGGGUCACAAAAAGCAGGGCUCGCAAUUUUCCACACCUUCGAAUGGAGUGGUGGCUCCUGCCUCACGAGAGGUCUCCCCCAUGUCCGUCAUAGUGGCGAGCCACACCUCUUCACCCGCUGGCGCCUUCUUCAGCUCUCCCUCUCCUCUUGGAAGUCAGAUGAACGGAAACACCAUCUGGUCGAGUCGAGUCGACGUCGCGGCCGCCACAGCACCUGAAGCCUUGCCCGCUCAGUCGCUUUUCGGCAAUCAAUUAGGGCAACAUAUAUCUAUGCCGCAACCGAUCCCCCUUUACAACGACUGCAACAAGAACAACGCAGCCUACAACUUUACAGGGGGUUACGAAUUGCAGAUAUUACCGACUCCCCUCAAGAGCCGUGUCGAGACGCAGAUUCCCAUCAAGAUGACGCUGUCGCCUCUGCCUCCCGGUGUGACCAAGCUGCAUUUGCCCGCUCAUACCAUUUCCAAACCGAAGCUUCUUGCCCGACCAAGCCCUGAGCGCGCCUCCGACACCCUUGAGCUUUACGUCAGCUUGGUUUGCACCAGCGCAAUGGAGUCUGGAGAUUUGAAGAGGAAGGCACUGGAAAGAGCCGCGAGCGUUCCGCAGGGUUACUUGCCGAAUCUCGAUGACGAGGCAAACGCGCCGCAAAACGGAGGAGACGUCCGCAUCUGCAAUGGCUGCAUCACGAGAGAAAGAAAGCGAGCUGCGCGGAAGAAGAUAAAGAAACCUGAUGAGGAGAAGGUCUGGAGUCAGGAUGAGGAACGGCGCAUAAUUGUCUUCAACACCCAGGAAGUCAAGGAAUGGCAAUCCCCCAGCGCUGUCAAGGGUGUCAUUGGUCGCCAUGACCCAUUGGCCCCUUCACGCGCCAUGCAGAUUGACGCGCCCAUGCGCAUUGCGUGUUACUGCAGACAUCACGGCGAGAAGAUGGGAUUCAACGUCAUUUUCACAAUCAAGGACUUCCAAGACCGCGUCAUCGCGCAGGCCAUGUCGAACCCAAUCAUGAUCACAGACGACCACAAAACCCACCCGAUGGCUCAAGUCACGACCCCUCAGGUAUCAGAGGCUGUCACCUCAACCACCAUACCGAUUCACGUCCCACAAGCCAUGGACAUUGGCCACAUGAUGCCUGGCGCUCAAAACGGAGCAUUUCAGGCUCCGCCAGCAAGCAGUGACAGCUCCACCACGCGCAGCGGACAGUCACCGUUCCAAAGCUCGGCUUCCGGAAAAACAACGCCGACGAUGAGCAAUGCCGCAGUGACGGGUCGGACCCUUUCCCGGCCUUCUUCGCCGAACCAAGGCGGUCCCGCCAAGAAGAGGAAGUCGAGCAGUUCGAGAGUACCCAACGGACUGACAAUGACGAGGCUGGACACUUCACCACCUCCCGCUUCUCAGUCGGCAUCAUCGCGGAUGUCUGCCGCAACGUCUCCCUUCUCCCCCAACCCAAGUCCGUUCCAGCAGCCAGACCAAGUCUUCGGAGCUGCCAACGGUCAACAAGUGUUUGCCAACGGGCCCCCAACCCCGGGCAGCACGGAACAGCAGCUUCCAUUCUUCUCCACCCGCUCGGCAAGCAUGGAUAACCUUCCCUUGGCGCAGCUGUACUCUGCGCCGGCUUCAAGUCACCCGAGCCGUGCACCCAGUCCCAACGGGCUAAGAAACAACAUUGCCAAUGGGCUACAGAAUCAGUUCACCCAGAGCCUGGCUGCAAACCUGUACUCUCUGCCUCUUGGCGUCAACCAGGCUCGAGCGCCGCCGGUCAUGCACAAAAUCAUUCCCAACGAAGGGCCCAAAAUCGGAGGCAUAGAGGUCACCGUCUUGGGCGCGGCUUUCUUCCAGGGUCUGGAGGUAUGGUUUGGCGAGCAAAAAGCCACCACUACGACGUACUGGGGAGACUCUUCGCUGGUUUGCUUGCUGCCGCCUUCGCCAGUCGCAGGCACUGUUGCAGUGACGUUCAAACACCACGGCGUCCCUGGUCCCCAGAACUUUUCCAUGGGCAAGCAACCACCCACGUUCAAGUACAUUGACGACAACGAAGAUAAGCUCAUUCGCACUGCGCUUUCCGUCCUCGGGCACAAAAUGUCGGGACAGUUGGUGGACGUCAGCGAUUUGGCACGCAGGAUUCUGAAUGAUGGCAGUUCUACCUGGGCUGGCGGUGGUGGUCCUGGAGGACCUUCGCCCGGAGGUCCCAUGUUCAACCAUGCAACUGCUUCCCACGAGCAUCUCGAGUCGCAACUCCUCAAGUGCCUGGAUCUGAUUGAUCUCGAUGAUAGCACGCACAAGACACGUCUUGAUCUCAAGAGGCCUACAGGACACACCAUGCUUCAUCUGGCUUGCUCACUUGGCUAUCAUCGAUUCGUCGCUGCUCUGCUCGCUCGGGGUGCCAACCCAAAUGUUCGCGAUAAGGGAGGAUUCACGGCUCUGCACAUGGCUGCUAUCCACAAUCAUCCGGAAAUCGUGAGACGUCUGAUGCUUGUUGGGGCUGACCCUACCAUUCGCAGCCUAUCUAGCCUUACAGCAGCCGACGUCGCGCAGUCGCGGGCAGUCUUGCGCGCCAUCCGUCACUCAGAAAGGCAUGUGCGGUCUCGAAGCGGCGGUUCUCUUCACAGUCGCACAACCAGCGCGACCUCUCUGCGAUCAUUAUGGGAGCCAAUCACCAGAACCCACACGCACGAGGAACCAAUAUAUACCGAUGCCAGCGAGGAAAGCCCCGAGUACACAUCGGACGAUUUGGAAGACGAAGAUCCAGACGAGGACAUGUAUCUGACAAUGCGACGAGCCAGUGUCAUGAGAAGCGAGGAGGGCUCCAUCGAGCUAGACAAUGAUGAGCCAAGCCAGGCCGGUGGCGGAAUGGCAUCGCCUACAACGGCAUUAGCAGCAGCUCUUAAGGAUCAGGUGCAGCAACAGCUCCAUCAGUUUCAACAGUCAAUGACUCUGCACCUGCAAAACUUUGCUCACUUCCCCCAGAUGCCAGCCUUGCCCGGAAUGGCAAUGCUUCCCGACUAUCAAGCCUAUCUGCAGCGUGUACAACAGCUGAUGCCAGGCAUGUCUGGCCCUCGACCUGGAUCUGGGGGUGCCUCCGGCGAGAAUCAAGAUAUUUCAUCGUAUAAGAACAAUGGUGGGGCGGCGCCUCCCCCUGCGUACGAAGACAUCUUUCCGGAAAAGGAUCUGGACAGGAAGGAAGAAUCUGCCGUCCGGGCCGUGGCUGAGGCCGAGGCUGAUAUGAAGUGUGCCGCUUUGUACGACGAGGCCACGUCCAAGACGAUGUCGCAAGAGGUCAAGGAAGACGCUCCUGAAGUGCUGAAGAUUGGAGGCAAAAGUGCCAUGACCCAGGAGCAAAUGCAGCAGUUCCUGCGAGCGCGGGAAAUCAAGCUGAAGAGUCUUGGUAGUGAUUGGAACCUUUUCUUCAUUUGGAUUCCCCUUCUUCUGGUCAUGAUUUGCGCGAUGCUGUACAGUUACUUUCCAUCAUUGUUUCCUUUCCUUUUGACGUCCAUCCGCGCCGUAGUGCAGGCUGGUCAGAGCCGAGUGUCUCGGCUGAUGCAUAGCGCGGCAGACCUCGUCGUGCAAGCAUAG